AUGGUCACCUUGAAAGCCCUCCUCCUUGGUGCCGCCAGCGCCCUCGCGUUUCCCUUCAACCCAACCGAGCCGGCCACGGCCCACGUACGCGGGAAGAAUGCCGCAGGGAGCCUCCUAGCCCGUGACGGAACCCCUAGCUCAUCGGGCCAGCAUGGCGGUUACUAUUACUAUUUCUGGACUGACGGCGGCGGUACCGUCAACUACCAAAAUGAGGACGAUGGCAGCUACAAUGUCCAAUGGCAGGAUUGCGGCAAUUUUGUCGGCGGCAAAGGCUGGAACCCCGGUUCGUCAUCGCGGAUCAUCAACUUCAACGCCACCUUCGAGACAUUGGGGAACGGGUACCUGGCUAUCUACGGCUGGGCCACCAACCCGCUGGUCGAGUACUACAUCAUCGAGUCGUUCGGCACCUUUGACCCAUCCGCGUACGCCCAGCAGCGGUUCGAGCCGUAUACGGCGGACGGGAGUGAAUACAGCCUCGGUAGAAACAUCCGCUACGGCCUACCGAUUGGAGGAUCCACCAUCGUCCAGUACUAUGCCGUCCGCCGCAACAAGCGCUCUAGCGGCAGCGUUACCGUCGCCGACCAUUUCGCUGCUUGGAAAGAGCGCGGUCUGAAGCUUGGGGCGUUUAAAGAUCAGAUCGUGGCUACUGAGGGAUACGCGAGCAAUGGCUCCUCUUCUGUUACUGUUUGGUAG